GACUCGCUUGUGUUAGUGUCAAACAAAAUGUCUAAUAUUUUUAACUAUGGUCCUUUGCGUUCUACGUUCAAAUUCCGCGACUGGAGUCAACUUUGUCGUUCAUCUUUCAACGGGAAUUGGGAGGGGUCUACAAAACAGUCAAGUACACAGAAACGAUGGAAUACUCUAAUACAAAGCAUUCUAGAAAAGAAAAGAAUUACAAAAUAAGACUAAGACCACAGAGGAACACCGUACGAUCUCCUAGAAAUAACAGUCAACUCUCCCUCAAAUACCACUAACGUCUUACUACAUUUUGUUUUAUAACAGUGCACUGUUUAAAUUUUUUAAAAAGUGACUUGAGGGUCACGAUUGGAAUACCUUAGAUUAUGGGUUUGCUUAAUUGGAGCAGACUCCAGGGUAAAAGAGCAACCACCUUCGUUGGUUGAUGCUGUGCUGAAGUGUAUUACCAAAAUAUUAGCUGCUCCACGUCACCCAAGUGCCUUUAUCUCCAACACUACAUAUUGACUAACUUCUUUCCUCUCUCUGUAUGUAUAUAUAUAUAUAUAUACAUACAUAUACGUAUAGACACACAUAUCUAUUACCAACUUUGGGCUAAUCCACUCUCAUGUUUCUACAGAGUUGUGUUCUUGUUCUUAUCACAACUGUUUGAGAUAGCUGAGAGGAAUGAAAUCAAAGCAGACUAUUUGGAAGAGGUUCUAUUUGUGUUGUCAUGUUAUUCAAUUCACAAAGUCAACUGACUCCUGUUAAUGUUUGCUGAUACUACUACUACUACUACUUUUUUAAAUCUUUAGUUAUGGUAGCUGUCAGCAUUUUGUUAUGAACUAUUUUUAAAAGUUAUAUAUAUGAAGUUUUAUAAAGAAAAAUUAUACAGAGUGUGACUAACCAGUAAUUAGGGAAGAAAGCAACCUAAUGAACAUUUUAUUUUCAUUAGACAAAACUAAUUACUAUGAAGACAAUAUUUAACCCCGUUUCACUGUAGAAAGCCAGGGGUCAGUUUUUUGUUUUCUAAGAUCUCAAUUAUUUGUAUGUUUCUGGAUUUUCUACCUUGUCACCAAUGAAUAAUCUUAUGCCCAGUACUGCGACUUUGAUCCAUUGUGAUGUGCAGGAUUUAGAAACAGCUGCCACUAUAGUUCACCUGAAUACAACUGCUGCCACUGCAUCUGUCAAUGAUAAGACAGCAGUAUGCAAUAUUUGUGGCAAAAUUUUCAGCCGUCACAAUCUGGAGCGCCAUAAACGCACUCAUCGCGGUGAGAAGCUCUUUACAUGUUUGAUCUGUGAUCGCAGUUUCUCCCAGAAAUCACAUCUCACUGUGCAUGAGCGGAUACAUACUGGAGUACGCCCAUUCAAGUGCAAUAUAUGUGGGUGUGCAUUUUCACGGAAAGAUUACCUCGUACGGCACACACGUACACAACACAGUGGCAAAGUGUACAACAUCAACAACCAAAUAAUUGCCACACCCCAAGCAGCUCCUGUGAAGAAAAAUCGGGUCAAAAAGAGUAAUAAGAAUAACAAUGCAAACCUACAUAUUAGUAAUGCAGUGAGGUCCAGUGAUCCUGUUUAUCCUCAACAACAACAACAACAACAUCAAGUUAUCUCCAACCAGAUUGCACCAGUAACGUCGAAUCCACCAUUUGACUGUGAAGAAUGCUGGCGAGAAUACAACCAAUCACAAGCCAUUGGUCUACAAAAGCAAGGUCAGUUUUCUGCAUCCUCUGGGCAUAUUCCAGUCCUGCCAUGUGUAUGUGACAUUUGUGGUAAAGGAUUCUCAACAACAGGCAAGCUCUCCACUCACAGUAAGAUACACUCACGCCCUAAAUUGUUCAACUGUGAUGUCUGCAACAAAGCAUUUUCCCGGCGUGAUCACCUACGUGUCCAUAAACGCAUUCACUCUGGAGAGAGGCCUUUCAAGUGUGAACUGUGUGGCUAUGCCUUUACACGGAUCGACCAUCUGGAAAGACACAAGCGGCCAAAUAAAGGGGUCAGAAAAUUGAGUUGUGUACCUCGUAUCAGUGUUGUUGCAGAAGAAGGGACUUCAGCUGCUGUGACUGUAGAAACUGAACAAAAUGGAGAGCAAGUCGCAGUGACAGCUGCUGCUGCUGCUCACCAUGGCAAUGGCAAUGCAACAACUAUAACUACCUUAACCAAUGUGCCCCAUCACAUCACUGUACAACCACAUCCAGGCAAUGUACUCUACCACACUAAUCUUGCUCCUCAGAUCAGUGUUGCUUACCACCCUGCUGUACAGCAGAUGGACGUCUAUCACACAGAUGUGCACAAUUAAAUUCUAUAUUUUCCCCUUUCCUUUCUAAUUUUCUCACUCUCCCUCCUUACUAUUUCUCUGUACACUUUCUCCUUUUUUUUUUGUAAUUCCACAGUAUCUUUUCUCCUCAGUAUUACACACAUACUUUUCCUUUCAUACUCAUGUCUAUACUCUCUCUCUCUCUUUCUCUCCCUUCUUAUUCAACAUAUUCUUUCAUUUUCCAUAAGAUGUCUGGCACACCUUUUCAGAAGUUAUGUUCUCAACACUACCCACUCAACCUUCACUACCCAUAGCAAGGCAAAAACUUCACUGUAUCCUACAUACAUCUGACUAGAUUCUCAUUUACUCAUGAAAUACACCUCUUCCACUAAACUCCAUCAACACAAUAAGGUUCUGUACCUUUAUAGUCAUGAUUCAAAAGAGUGGUUAGUGGUAUAUUUGGUCUCCUGAGCAUGUCCAAUUUAUCCCAUAAACACACAUGCAUUUU